AAUACUAUAUCUAAAGAAAAUCUACCUAAAAGACUUAAAGCAAGUAUUGAGAAUAAGAAUACUAUACCUAAUGAAAACUGUGUUUUUAAAAACCAUAUUGAUAUUAAUGUGGUGGAAAACAAUAGUUCUUUAGCAAAUAGUAGGCGAAAAUGUGGAAAACAUAAACAGUAUAGACACUAUACAAAAACUUGUCAAAAUAUUGAAUGA